GCCACCCAAUACAGAAUAAGGUGAUGCUGUGUGUGAAGGUACUUUGCCUUGAUGAUGUUUAGAUAUCUCACCGUUUUGACAGACGCUAGGGGCCAACAUUUAGCAAUUAAGAGACGUUUUUAAAAGCUGUGGAAACAAAGUACCGGUGAUGCCUAUUGUGACCUUUUCAUUGUGGCGUUUAAUAACCCCGACAACACACACACACACACACACACACACAAAGAGAGAGGGAGAGAGGUAGAAGUCCACCACGCGCGCACUCACGCCGCCACCUCAACACCGUGUCCGUGACCGACGCCUCGUCUUCCUCAUUAAGGAAAUCGCUCCUCUUUGCUGAUUAUUUUAUUUGAAGCCCUGAUUACCUCUCUGUGCACCAGAUCACGCAGUGACGGAGAGCAGGCGGAGGGCAGGAGGCCUAAUUGGGGCAUGAGAUGCGCAGGAAGGUUGCAGCCAGGUUGGGUGGCCGGAGAGGGAAGCCUCUAAUGGGUUUGCCGGUCUGUGGCUCUCCACUCUCGCGUCUCUCUGCAUCUCUCGGGCUCGGAUGCAAAGCUCUUAUUGGUCCGCUCCAAUUAUUCCUACGACUGUCAUCAAAUCACCCGCACAAAACUACAGCGUUAGGGAGCAAAUGGAAAAUCGAUUUUUUUUUUCCUUUCAGAUUUCUAUAACUGGGUGAAUGCAGAAACAGACCAGAACAUAAUAUACAGCCAGUUCUCCUCCUCCUGCUCCUUCAUACAGAGCGUGUGGUGUAAAGAAUCUCAAAUAGUGCAUCUGCUUUUUUUGUGUUAGUCUACCUCCUCUGUAGAGAAACAUAUGAACAAUGGAUUUAACGCAGUUUGAUUGCUAAAAAAGCGCGGAGAGGGUGGACACGGAAUUCUUGAUCUUUGAAAUUGCUCUACAAAAUUGCAUUUGUUUUUGGUGCGCUUCCAUUAAAAGUGUCUCCUCGCGUGUAAACAGCCGUUCCGCACUCAGAUGCGCCGCAUUAACCCGCGUGGAUCGCGUGUGAGUGUGUUUUUACUGGGGAAGAUUGAUGUGGUCCAGUUAGGGAGGCUGAGUGAGAUACAGACCCAUUUCAAGGGGGUUCCUCUUAUUAUAGCAAUAAGUUACAGCCCGUGGAUCGGACAGCUGGACUGUUUUCAAUGCAACAAACCACAGACAUCAAUAUUUAUCACGAAAGUCUUUAGAUAUAAGUAGACUCAAGGAACUACGACCUUUUGAUUUUUAUUUCAUGCAUAUUUAGUACCUAAAUAAUAAAUUACAAUUAGGUGUCUUUUUUUUUUUGCUUUAAAGAGAAAGGCAUACAGCUAUUUCCAAAAAAGGAUCAUUAUUGUUGUUGUUGUUGUCAUAAACAAAAGUGAAGAAAUGAUAAACAAACCUCGCAGAACACAUUUUCUGUUAAUAAUAAUCAUGAUAAUGAUCAUCAUGAUAAUAAUCAUAAUUGCCUUAUUGUAACAAUUAAAUUCAUCCCAAGCAGUAUUUUUCAAAAAUGCAUGAAAACAAUCCUGAAUUGAAAUGAAAAUGUUGUUAUUUAAAUUUAAUUUCCUUUUUUUAAAAUGAUAAUAUGAAUCAUUCAAAAUGUAUUAAUACACAGUUUCAAAAUUGAAACCUAUAUGGCAUUUACUGCUGAGCGAGACUAGGGUUAGAUUCAUUUUGUGUUCCAUCCAUGUGUUUGUGCGUACACAGUUGGAAAUCAAACUACUUCCAGAGCAAACACCGUGUGUUCGGCAUGACUCAAGCUCUUCAUCGUCACAUGGUUUGGCCUCACGACUCUCAGCACUGACGCUCCAUUCUCUCCCUCCUUGUCGACACAUGUGAAUCAAAGGAAUCGAGACUCUGCUGCUGCUGCUGCUGCUGAUGCUGAUGCUGCUUUAGUUGCUGUAGUUGCUGCUGAUUGCUUAUCCUGAAACUUCGGCACCUGGCCACAUGCGCCAGUCCAUUUCCUUAAGUUCCCAUGCUGUGCCACAUUAUGAGCUACUUCCCUGUGCCCCGGCAGAUUGCGGUUAAGGAGCAUAAAAGAUGAGCUGCCUCCGUGUGGUGCAGAAGGAGAGAGAGAGAGGAGUCCUCGCUCGGACGCCUCCUUUGUGCGGCUGCAAAGAAACCUAUUUAGUCCCAGGCGGUGGUCUAUUCAGCAGACUCACCCUGACAUCUGCCAAGAGCCGCGCUCUAACCACGACUGUCUGGAGAAGUGAGAGUCGAGCGCAGAUCAAUGGCUGUCCCGUUAAUUGUAUAAUAGACCUACUUAUAGACCACUGCUAAAGGGGGCACGAUCGUUUAGGAUCCACCACGUCUGAUUUUGUUUGAGCCAAAUAGGGCCUAAAUAGCUUUAAUUGCGCCGGUGUUGAUGAAAAGUCGAUGGGAGUUAAAGCGGCCGAUCAGUAACAGAGCUUAAAUCCAUCUAUAUUCGUUUAUUUAUUUAUUUCCUCGAUUUGUUUCCACAAAUCACCUGCCACGGGAGCGAUAUUCGUGCUGUCUGUGAUCCAAGGCCGUGGGAGGUGAGGGUGAGGUUUCAAAAUCCAUACUGUGUCACCCCAAAUCCAUUCAAUUAGGUUUUCCUCCCAAACGCAAAAUUCAUUUUUGAAUUAAAAAAAACAAACACCAGCAAAACAAGGAGUAAUCAACUGAAAAUAACUUCUUUGUAAUUUGGGAGAUCAUUCCCCCAUUUCUGACCUGAAGCAGAACCACAUAAUAUAGUUAAAACGAUUUCAACAUAGACAUUUGAACGUGCAAUUAUUCAGUGGUAAUGUCCUUCUGGUUGCAACAACUGGAAAGGCCCAAUCUCCUUCCACAAAACAAGCCUUCGCAUGAGCUCACUCCAAUAUUUUACACGUAUGUGUGUCUACGAACAGGAGUCCUGUCAUGGCACAGGCUCUAUAUGAGAUUAAACAAACACAUUAAGACGUUUAACGUGGAAUAAUUUGAGCAUGAAAAGCUAAUAAAUCAGAGGACGCAAUGGCAACAGUGGAUAGAAUUGAAUUGUAGGUAUUCGUGCACGUUUUUGGUAUGUGCGCGCGCGUGUGUGCGAGCGUAUGUGUGUUUAAUAAAAGAAAAAGAAAGGAGGGAGGGAGAGGGGGGAGUCACGUCGUUGACAUUUCCAAGCUCUCGCUGUGAUUGGCUCUGAUUUGAGGAAGCGCACGGGUUCUUUCAGCUAAUAAGCGCCUCCCCGUCGCUCUAAAGGACAUUAUAAUGCAAGGGACCUCCCUUUUUAACCACAAACUGAAUUUUCGUUCAUUUAGACGAUAUAUACUUUUGAAAUUGCCCCAAAGUUGUAGGAUUUGUUUGGAGCGCAUUUCACCCUGGAGCGGUACGCCAUGCUAUCUCACGCCGACCUCCUGGAUGCUCGGCUCGGUGAGUUAUCAUCUGUAAACCCCGGCCCUAAACUCCAAUGGAUGAAGGAUGCUGCAGAGUUACUCGGACACCGAGAGGCUCUUAAGUGCAGACUGGGAGGCGGCGUGUCGGACCAGGGGCAUCCGGGAGACAUGGCCCCUGGUUCAGACUCAGUGGAGGGAACCACUAUGUUGCCGGGAGAAGACAUCGCCACUGUGGGCUCCAAUUCCGCCGUCAUGUCAGUUAACGGGAAGGAGCAGGAGAAGCAGCAGCAGCAGCAGCAGCCGCAACAGAGCUCCAGUCAGUCCGCCAGUCAGAAACAGAAGCGGCACCGGACACGCUUUACUCCGGCACAGCUCAACGAGCUGGAACGCAGCUUCGCCAAAACCCACUACCCCGACAUCUUCAUGAGAGAGGAACUCGCGCUGAGGAUCGGCCUCACGGAGUCCAGAGUUCAGGUUUGGUUCCAGAACAGACGCGCCAAGUGGAAGAAAAGGAAGAAGACUACCAAUGUUUUCCGCUCCCCGGGGACGCUGCUCCCAACACCGGGCCUGCCCCAGUUCUCUGCCGCGGCUGCCAUGGAGAACAGCCUGUGCUCCUUCCACGCCAACGACACUCGUUGGGCGACGGGGAUGCCGGGUGUCUCCCAGCUGCAGCUACCGCCUGCUCUGGGUCGUCAGCAGAGCAUGGCGCAGUCUCUGUCACAGUGCAGCCUGGGCCCAGGCCCGCCACCAAAUUCCAUGGGUCUCUCCAACGGCCUGUCAUCCAACGGCUCUGGUCUGCAGUCCCACCUCUACCAGUCGCAUUUCCCCGGAAUGUCGGCUUCUCUCUCUGGCCCCACGAACGUAUCGGGCUCCCCGCAGCUGUGUAGUUCCCCGGACAGUGACAUGUGGAGAGGGACAAGCAUCGCGUCACUGCGGCGCAAAGCGCUGGAGCACACAGUGUCCAUGAGUUUCACUUAGUGACCCAAUCCCAGCACUCACCCUGUGGCUCAUUCCCCCGCUUCCGCCAUUUAGAUCAACACGAGAGAACGAACGAGCUAAAAGGGACUUAAAUGUGAGGAAAAUGGAGACUGUGUGUGUGUGUGUGACUUCAUCUAGACAUAAUGACAAAAGAGGGACGGACAAAUGGAAGAAAAAAAUGACUUGAGUUUGUUAUUUAUCUUGUUAACUCAAAAAGGAUUUUAUCAGCUAUUGAUAAUAAAUAUUGUAUUGAUCUCUAGACUAUAGGCCCUAAUUACCGAGAGCCAAACAAUUGUCGUAUUUGCGUUUUCAUUGAGUGUGUCUUUACGCACACGUUAUUGUGUUCAGGUGAAGUUGUGUUAUGUCAAACGGUUAUUUAUAAGAUUUGGUAUACAUUUUUGUAACAGCCUACCAACACACGCACCACAUACUGUAGGUGGGCCAAUGGGUCUCGGGCAUGCACAGUGCAUGUGGAUUUAAACACUUGGGUCAUUUCUGGAGAAAAUGGUUCCCACUCAGAUUGAACAGAGAUGCUCUUGAGGCGACUCGUCUGCAUGAGACGGGAGCGUAAAUCUAAAGAGGAAACAUAUAUACAACAGUACACUUAUCUUUCAGUAGGCCUACUAUGUUUUAGGAUGUUUUGUGUAGAUGAAACAUUCUUGCUAUGUACCCGCUGGUCUUUUUUGUGACAUGUUUUAACUUAUUGUAUGUGCUAUUACUUGACACGUUUCUUAAGUGUUUGAUCUUUCAUCGAAAUGCACCACAUUGACGGGGUUUGUACCAAUUUAAAAAUGACAAACGAAUAAAGGUAAUUUUCAAGAAUGUCAACACAAGGAUGAUUCGUG